UGCAAAGCUCUUUAAAGGCUGACAGACUCUCUCAUCAUGCUCACUGCUAGUCUAAACCCUGCGGGUAACAGCUCAAUCCAGACCUUGUCUUUGUGGAGGAACUCUGCCCUGUUAACAGUUAACCAGUGACUCCAGCAGAAAUGUCCUACUGGUCUGUUGGCCUUCCUCAGAAGUGUGGAGACAGUCCCAGCAACAUGGAGCAACGGAGCACGUCAGGACCUAGGGAUGAAAUGGGAGCCAGAGCAUCGUUGGUGGAGGUUCCUGGCUUUGCACUGGCUUCUUCUCCCACUCUGGAGAACAUCCAGGCGGCUUAUGCAGAGGGGAAGGAGGAUACUGCCAGGGAGCUGAUACAACAAGCCUGCUGCGUGGAGUGCAGCGUGGGGACGUCCCGCAUCAAUGGGGUCCGUCUCCUGUGUGUGGCCACUCAACAUGGUGAUCUGCAGACUGUGUGUUAUCUCCUAAAAGAAGCUCAUAUCACUGUGCCCCAAGAACCAUCCAACAGCAACCCAGCCAUCCUGGCAGCGUACUAUGGCCACACAAGCCUGGUCAAAGAGCUGCUGGAUUCUAUACCUGGUCCUUGUCUGAGGAGAGACCUGCUUAACUGGAUGCUGGCCACAUCUUGCCAGGAAGGUCACCUGGAUGUGGUCCAGCUACUGGUUCACAGCUAUGAUGCUGAUGCCAAGAACUGUGCCAUCCACUGUGAUGAGUUUGCUGUUAUCCAUGGUCUGCCACUGUAUGCUGCUGCACGAGCAGGUAAUGAGAAGAUAGCUGGCUUCCUGCUGCAGAAUGGUGCAGGCUUCUCCUCAUACACCCUGAUGGACCAUCCAGCCUUCAGCAAACACCUCCUCAGACUCAAACUAGAGGAAACCCCCAAUGCAGAAGGAGAGCAGGCUGUCAGUGUGUGUUGGAGCAAUCUGCAGCUGCCCUGGUUAGAACUGGACUGGUUCAUGGAUGUCUUCUCACAAAUCACCCACUUGGAUCUGUCAUCCAACAGCCUGGCUGCUCUUCCCUCUGUGGUGCCCUGGGGUCUCAUCCGCCUUCACUUUCUUGAUCUUUCUAACAACCUGCUGAAAGUGCUGCCAGCUGCUCACAACUCCCAGGAGGUCAUCUGCUCCAGGUUACAGCAGGUUAAUCUGUCUCAGAACCAGCUCACCAGUCUGCCACCUGCGCUUCUCCACCUGACAAACAUCCAGAGACUUUCUGCUGCCAAGAACCAGCUAACAGACCUGUUUGACAUCCCCACCACUACUAACUGGAUUGGCCUUCGCAAGCUGGAGGAGCUGGAUGUCUCUGAUAACUGUCUGACCAGUCUACCCACUGCUGUCAUGCACUGUUUGAAAUCCCUGACCAUCCUCAAUGUAUGCAGGAACAAACUAAGCACCUUCCCUGACCCCUGGGCCUGUCCACUGAAGCAAUGCAGAGCUUCUUCAAAUGUGAUUGAGAGUCUUCCAAAAAACAUCUCCAUCUUCUGGAGGACUCAGCUGCAGGAGGUGGACUUUUCAGACAACAGUCUGAAGGAGGUGCCCUCAUAUAUAUUUGAACUAGAGGCUUUGACCUCAUUGAGAUUGUGUGGGAAUCACAUUGCAACACUCCCUGCACCGAGUAAGUGGAAUUGCUCUCGGCUCAGGACUCUCGAUCUUUCAAGGAACCAGCUGGGCAGAACAGAGGAAGGGCUGAAAUCCAGGAGACUGGCUUUCCUGACAACAUGGAACAGGAGGGACCCAGACCCAGUGUGUCCCAUAGAGUUUCCCAUCAUUCUGCGGGAUUCACUGGAAGUGCUUCUCUUGAAUGACAACCAGCUUGAGUGUGUUCCCCAGUCAGUGUGUGUUCUGCACAGCCUCACUGAGUUCUACCUCUCCAAUAAUCCUGGAAUCCGGGAGCUCCCAGCAGAGCUCGGUCAACUCUCCAACCUAUGGCAGCUGGACAUUGAAGACCUCCCCAUUACCAAUGUCCCCCAGGAAGUAAGAAAAGAAGGUCCUGCAUCUGUCCUGGCUUUCCUCCGAGCGCACCUUCGAAAGGCAGAACCCUGUAAACUACUGAAGAUGCUUGUCAUUGGUCCACCAAGGCAGGGGAAGACUGCCCUUCUGGAGACUCUACAGACUGGAAGGGCAUCCCCCUUCACCCCAGCAGAAUGCAGCAUCUCUACCUCGACCUGGGAGCUGGAAAAACCCAGCGGAGGCAAAAACAAUAAGGACUCGGUGGUAUUCAACGUGUGGGACAUCGGAGGUCAAGCCAGCAUGUCCACAGUGAAUCAGUGUUUUUUCACUGAUAAGGCCUUGUACAUGGUGAUCUGGAACCUGGCUCUGGGAGAGGAGGCUGUGGCUAACCUGCAGACAUGGCUGCUCAACAUAGAGGCGCGAGCACCCAACUCUGCAGUGAUAGUUGUGGGAACACAUUUGGAUCUCAUCGACAGCAAGUUUCGCAAUGAGAGACUGGCCACACUAAGAGCUUACAUCCUGGCUCUGUGUCGGGCCCCGUCAGGGGCUCGAGCCACUGGCUACCCUGACAUCACCUGGAAACACCUGCAUGAAGUGUCAUGUAAGACCCUGGAGGGUUUGGAUGGACUGAAGAAGCUAAUCUACCAGGUGGCUCUUUCCAUGAAAGACAGCAGCAGCUCCACCUGUGGCAGUAAACUGCUGGGCAGACUGAUCCCCAGGAGCUACCUGACACUUCAAGAAGCAGUGCUUGCAGAGAAGCAGAGACGAGAUGCUGACGGAGAGGUUAAAUACCUGACCAAUGCCCAACUAGAUCACAUCUUUGAGCAGAACCCAGGAAGUGACAUUAGAGAUUAUGAGGACCUGCAGACUGCCAUCAACUUCUUGAUAGAGACGGGGACACUGCUGCACUUCCCUGACACCAGCCAUGGCCUUUGUACUCUCUACUUCCUGUGUCCUGUGUGGCUGUCAGAGUGCCUGGAGAGGAUCAUACACCUCAAGUCUUCUCGCUCUGUAGCAAAGAACGGAGUGAUUCAAGCUUAUGACCUCAGAAUGUUGCUAGUAGGAACAGGAUUUACCCAACAGACAGAGGAGCAGUAUUUUCAGUUUCUAGCCAAGUUUGAGAUUGCUCUGCCUGUGGCCAACAACAGCUAUCUUCUGCCCCACCUCCUUCCCCCCAAGCCUGCCAUGGACAUUCACUGCUUCCGCCAACAGACCAACAACACCCUGCAGCGCCUUUUUAAAAUGAGCUUUGUUCCUGCUGGGUUUUGGGAGCGCUUCAUUGCCAGGAUGCUCAUCAGCCUCACGGAGAUGGACCUGCAGUCAUUUGAGCCCAAAAGACACACCAGAGGCCAGUGCAGCAGGAACUCUGUGAUCUACAGUUUUGCUGGAACCCAACAGAGGAACCGCUGCAGCACAUUUAGAGUCCGACGUAGCCAAACUGUCUACUGGAAGGAGGGAUUGCUUGUCACGUUUGAUGGAGGUUACCUCAGUGUGGAGUCAUCAGACAUCAACUGGAAGAGAAAGAAGAGUGGAGGCAUAAAGAUCAUCUGCCAAUCAGAUAUGAGAGAUUUCUCUGCCAUGGCCUUCAUCACAGACCACGUCAACUCUUUGAUCGAACAGUGGUUUCCUGCUUUGACAGCCAGUGAGAGUGAUGGGAGUCUCCUCAUAGAGCAGUAUGCUCCCUGUCCCCUUUGUGCCCCACUGUGGCAGCAGAGCCAGACCGAGCACUCAGCCACCUGGCCUGGACAGGGCAGAGGUAAAGCAGGACAUGGAGCAGAUGAAGGAGGAGGAGCACCAGGAGUUCAUUACUUUAACAUGGAAGACUGUGUGCUGGCUGCAGCGGGGAAGGAGCAUAUCAUCUGUCCUCAGCACCCGGGCCAGCCAGUCCCCCUCCAGGAGCUGGUCCCAGAACUCUUCAUGACUGACUUUCCUGCACGGCUCUUUUUGGAGAAGACCCAUCUGGAGUACUCUGAUGAAGAGAAUAACAUCCUUGGCCAGGGUGGCAGUGGGACCAUCAUCUACCGAGCUCGAUACCGUGGCCAGCCAGUGGCCGUUAAACGCUUCCACUUCAAAAGGUUUCAACAACAGACCAUCAGCCAUGAUACAGACACCAUGGUAAAACACCUGCAGUCAGCUGAUGCCUGUCGAAGCUUCUCUGAAUUUCGCCAGGAGGCCAGUAUGUUGCACUCUCUUCAGCAUCCCUGCAUCGUCUCCCUGGUGGGUAUCAGCAUCCAUCCACUCUGCUUCGCCCUGCAAUUAGCCCCCCUGGGCAGCCUCAACACUGUGCUGGAGGAGAAACAUAAAAAUAAAGGCUCCAGGUACAUGCCGCUUGGUCACAUGUUAACAUUUAAAGUAGCCUAUCAAAUAGCAGCAGGGCUGGCAUACCUUCACAGAAAGAGCAUCAUCUUCUGUGACCUCAAAUCUGACAACAUCUUGGUGUGGUCUCUGGAGGCGAAGGAUCCAAUCAAUAUUAAACUGUCUGAUUAUGGCAUUUCACGACAAUCCUUCCAUGAAGGGGCAUUGGGGGUUGAGGGCACACCAGGUUAUCAGGCUCCUGAGAUCCGGCCAGGCAUCGUAUAUGAUGAGAAGGUGGACAUGUUUUCCUAUGGUAUGGUUCUGUAUGAGCUGCUGUCUGGGCGGAGGCCAGCAUUGGGACACCACCAGCUUCAGAUAGCCAAGAAGCUCUCCAGAGGCGUUCGGCCUGCACUGGGCAGUCCUGAGGAGGUUCAGUUCCACUUCCUCCACAACCUGCUGACUGAAUGCUGGGACACUAAGCCCGAGAAGAGGCCUGUGGCCAUGCAGUGUGUGAGGCAGAUGCAGGAGCCCAGCUUCCCCUGCCUCAGGUAUGUGUUGCCCUGUGAAAGCCACUCGCAGCUGUUCCUGUCCCAACUGCAAGGAUACAGCGCUGUCUUCUGGGACGGAGGCAAGGAUGACAGGAACUACAGUGUGAUAAAUGUGGAGAAGGGCCAGGUGGAGGUGAAGAGGAUGUCCUGUCCAGGCAGCAUGAUCAGCUGUCAGAUGAAGAUAGGUAACACCCUGUGGAUGGCCACUGAGGAACAGGAGGUGUUCAUUUACAGUCUGAAAGACAUGUGUCCACUCAGUCAACCCCAGAAGCAGUUCUCCUGUCCAGCCAUCAUCACCUGCCUGUUCCCUGUUCCAGCAAGAGCAGAGAGCCUGGCCAGAGUGUUUGCUGGAAUGUCUGAUGGCUUGGUGGCAGUCUAUAGCCUGAUGGACGACCUUCCUCUGGAUGGGGAAACCUACCUGUGUUCCCACACCAUCAACAAGACUGUGUUUGGUCUGAAGGACUCUGAUCCCAGGCAGAGACCCUACGCAGUCUUGAGCAUGGCUCUGGUCAGCAGUGGCUCCCAGUUAUGGUUCUCCAAUGGUCCGGGUGUGCUGGUGAUCGACUGUCUGAGUCUUCAGGCAGUUCAAAGGCUGGAACCCUACAGCCCACCAUCCUCGAUUGUAUCCAUGACUACCAGCUUCUGUCUGUGGGGAGAGGAGGCAGUCUGGACCCUGGACAACCAUAGCAACACCCUGCUGCUCUACCAUGCCGCUUCCUUCCAACUCUGUGCAAAGUACUGUUGUGGAGACAGCAAUCCUCUACGGGACAUCUUCAAUGUUCAACGUCCUGUAAGGGUUACCACAAUGACAACAACUGGCCUCAAUACCUCGGACCAGAAAGAGAAGCUGGAAUGGACUAAUGGAGAAGUGACAUUGAUCUACAGUGAAGAGGCAGGCACUCAAAUCUUCCAACACCAGAAUUCACUGACAGACUACUGCUCCAUAUCAUCCAACUGCUCCCUGGAGCCACUGGAGUCAGACUGUUCCAGCACCACAGGUCUCAGCUUAUUGGCCAACAGCAGCAGUGUGCUGCUGCCUGCAGACCAGGAGGAGACAGGCAGCGACCAGAACCAGCAGUCAUCCACCAACCCUGAGUCUGACCUGGAAACUGGAGAGACUAUGAAUCCCACACCACCUCAUCUGCAAGCUUUUACUGUGCUGCCAGUCAAUGGAACUCUGUGGAUCCCCAGACGUGGAGGAGAUGUGAUGAUCAUUGAAAUGCAACUGCACGCUGAUAAGCUGAGGGGACGUGUCAUCGCUGUCCUCAGCCCACCUGGAUGUUCCUCUUUGGGGAUCCUGGAAGAAGCUGUUUUAGUGGCAAAGGACACAGUUGUAUGUGGCUUUCAUAAGAAAAACAUGGAGUGGUGCCUGUGUGUCUGGAGGGGCUGGGGCUGCCACGAGCUAGAAAUCUUCUACCAGUCCUACGAAGAGCUGGGCCACAUGGAGACCAGCAUGAGGAAAAGAAGGUAGCUGUUGUGCAAUGUAGGCAAUGUGCAGAAUCACAGCUCUGUAUAGAGGAUUGAGCCAAAGGGAAUAAAUACCCCCAAACUGCCUAUGUUCAGUGCAGGGGGUUGCUGAAUGCUGACAGCAGGGCAAUGCAGGAGGGGGUUGUAUGGUCUGAGCCUCAAGCUGUGCAUGGUGAUUAUGUACACACAUAUUUCGGGACCUUAUUUAUCAGUACUGUACACCAUUUUUGGCUACUUACAACAGUCUGUCAGCCAGUUUGGCAUGAAUGGGUUAGGGUUAGGCUUAGGACUGUUUGAGUCUAUAUAAUGUUUCAGUUGUUUGACUCCAGCUGCUGCAAUCCAUUGUUUAUUGUAUGUCUGUCAACGUCACUCACCCUUCAUUUAAGUCUUCCAAUCUCUCUCUUUAUGCCCUCUGGAGCUUAUACUAGAAGGGAAUAUCUUUAAGGCACAGGUGUUGACUGUUUAUACAUUAAUUGGUAUUGGAGUUAAGCUGCUGCUUCUGCUGGUGGGAAGCAGCUGUGUUCCAUAUAAACAAACAGCAAGUUGCAGAUGGGUGGAUGGCUGUGACACUAACCUACUCACACCCUCAGAACACAGUGUUUCUCUCUGUACCAUAUGAAUCCGCAUGUCAGCCACACCUCCUAUUGUUACCAGAGUGACCUGUAUGCAGCAAACAUACAUUAUGCAAAAAUCAUCAAAACCUAAUACUUUUAUUAGUUCUUUCAGAUAAAAAGGACACUUCACACCAGCGUAUUCCUAGCUACUAUAUGCUGUUCCACUAUCAUCUGUUCAU